GCCAACGGGGAAAAGGGAAAAAAACGCUAGAUCGCGUUCUUUUGUUUUUCUUUUCCCCGUUCGCAGAAACUGAAAGCACGUCAUCGCAAGGAAGAUGAACGUGGGAACCUGAUCUCAACUGAGUGUCGUUCUUGAUACCAUACUGAAAGCUACAAUAGCUGAUCCAUCAUUGCCAAAUGUAAUCUCAUGCGUGGCAAACAAGUGUGGUGCUAGUUUCCCAGAUUAGGAAUUGUACCUCGUUCUAUCCGGAACUUAUGUCUGCUGAGCUUAGCGUAAGAGUCCGGGCCAGUAGUGUCGGUUAUGGCCUUGAGGGGAAGCUUUCUGACGGAAUGUCGAUCGUUUGACUCCCACGAAAUAAACAGCCGUCGAAACGGAGUGAUGGGAAUUACUUUCGACCGUGAGAGGAGAAUCGCUGUUCUAGACCGAGGGGUGAUUUUGUCGGUUUCUAGGGAGCCAUGCCAAUCCCAGGCGUUAUACAAAUUUUGGAGGGCGACUCUGGUUCAUCUUACGACAGACUGGGGUCGAGAGACCAAGUGAUACACCAAUGGGGGAUAGUAGAGCCGCUGGGCAGAAGAAGUUGUAAAGUCCUUAAUUUGGCGGUUAUAAGAAGACAUUGCCAGGAUAGGGUUCAAUGUAGAGACAAUUGGGAGCCGGGAUCAAAUGUGUAACGGUUCUGGAGAGCUGGCCGUGCCGCUUGAUUGUCUGCAGAAAGAUGUGUUGAAGGUUGCUGUGGAGCUGAACUGGCGGGCAGGUUGGCAUCUUCACCUAUAGAGUCUGAAACCAGAGCUGAGCUGGCAACCAUGGGGAUAUGCCGCAGGUGACAUGAUUCUGCUUUUGUCACUGUCAUUCUAGGGAUUAAAUGAAAUAAUGGAGGACUGACGUAAACUGAUGUUGAGGCUGGUCCAUUCCAACUGAGCGAGAACGUCCACGCCAAUGGAGUCUGGGUCAUAAUACUGGCUGUUGCAGCAGUGGAGAUGGGUAUCUGUGAAACUUGAAAGCGAUCGACGGAAUGGUGUUCCCAGGCACGAUCUAAGCUUUGAACGAGCUCGACCCAGGUGAAGCUGCCAUUCGUAGUGAGGCAAUAGGCGCGUUGCCGUUCCUACUAAAUUCUUCGCGGAGAGCUCUAUGCCUGUGUCUUGAGCCCUAACCCCACACUGCCAAGGGCGGCCAAGCUUAGACUGGAUCAAUCCAGUGGUUGAUGUAGGGCACUGUGGCGUCAUUGUUGGAUAAUACUUUCAGAACGUGAGUAUUUCGCUUAGAUAACUAAUUUUGGACACUCAAAUAAUAAUGACAAAAAUAAAUGAAUAGACAAAUGAAUAAGUGAUAUACACAUUUUAAAAAAGGUAUUUGUGACUAGAUUACAUAAAUUCAUCAAGUGGCGUACAUAACACACUUUGUGUACGUGCCCCCAAUUAAAACAGGAAGGUCUCUUUGUCUAAUGUUAUUUUUAAAAUUGUUCAGUGUCGUUCGCUGCCUAUCACAUGGGUUAAGUUUUGACCAGAGAUCCGGUCCUAAGAAUCUUAUUGAACAUGAUGUUUACCAUAUCGGACUGAGGAGAAGCGAGGCACAUUAAAGUCAGCAUUUCAUAAGGAAUAUCCCUUGUUACAGUCGUAAAAAUUUCUGCCAUGUAAUCGAGGAAAAGGCCGUUUUUAACUUUGUACAUUAAUUAAAAAUCGCAAAAUCUUGCAGUCGUCUGCUGUAGCUGAGAUGCCAGCUUUGUAUGACUUAGAAGAUUUUCAUGGGUGUCUGUUUUGGAGCCGAGAAUGACUCAAGCUCGUUCUUGUACCCUUUCUACCUGUUGGAAUGCUUACAGAAAUGCCAUACAAUAUGGCAGUAGGUCAGGUUUGGAAGAAGUGCUGUUAGACACAACCGAAGUUUGGACUUGUAUGGAAUCAGGCUGCGGAGUCUUGCCAGCACCCCCUACUUUCCGGCUGGCCUUUUUGCAUAUGUCGCUUAUGAGAUCAGUAAAGGUGAGUUCUUCCAAUUUGUUUUUGGUUUGAGUUCUUGAUUAUAAAUUUUCAAGGUGCAUGCGCCCUCAACGUCCUUGGCGCACUUUUGAGGCACUGUCGCUAAGACUUGAAAUUUCUUCGGCUUAGCUUAGAGAAAAUUUUGCCUUGGACCACUGCGAUUCAUUUCCUAAUAUAAUACUUUGGAUCGAGAGGGCGGAGAUUACAGCUUCCGAUAGUAGUAGCCGAUAUGCGCUCAGGCACCCAUGCGUAUAGUUUUGAUUGACCCAGAACGCAUCUGGUAUCACGUCUGAUGCGUCUGGCGGGAAUCUUGAUCACGAGGUGGCCAUUUGCCCGCAGGCAGGAGACCAUUACGAGUCAGUCGACGAGCUAUUUGUAAUGGCGAGUAACAGGGAAAACUUUUCCCAGUUCUGAUUAUCCAUCCUAAACUCGUUAACGUAUCCAGCUGAAGCUGCUUGUGACACGCAAUCUCCUCACCAGGAGACAUAAGUAAUAGUUUUGGAGCUUCGCAAUAUCGAAGCACUGGCGGACGCGUAGUCGAUUCCAAAGAUUCUGGCACUCAACCAGCUGACUCAAAGGCACGUUGCUUACUUAACUGUGGCGUCCAUCGCAUGGAUCCCAACUGGAUGGAUUCAAAUGGGGCUUUCAAGGCAGCAAGUCGUCACUCUUGUUUUGAAAAGUGUCUAGCAAGCAAUAAACAAGACAAAUUAGAAUUCUACGAAAAAGGCUCAAGUAUCGUGGAAAAUCAACUUUUAUUACCAUUUCCCAAGAGAAAAAGGCGUAAUGUAAAUGAUGGUCGGGCACAAGAAAUAUGUCCACAAGCUGCAACAAAUGCCACCAAAAACAAGUACGCAACUGUGGAAAAUAUAAAUUACUUUCAAUAUGAGAAUUCAAACAGAUGGUAUUAUAACAUAUCGUGGAAACCCUUAAACGAAUCCUUUGUGGACUUUACACUGACUGGAUAUGCCUUCAUCUACUGGAAUAACUAUUUACGGAGUAAUGCGAUAAGAUACAUAAGGCGACAAAAGAACGAGACGUACGUUACCUAUGAUGAACCUGAAUCAAGUAUCGUAAACAACGACUUGUAUUUCAAAUUUUGUGUUAUUGCUCUUCCUUGUCAGUCGAUCGCAGAAAUUCAUUUAAAUGAGACAGUACAUCCAAGAAAUGUUACACAGACAGGUAUAUCAACACCUACACCUACACCUACAGAUUCUCCUACAAUCAAUAAAACAGUAUACGUUAUAAUUGUCAUCGGAACCAUGGCAGUUAUCGCCACGACUGCCUGUGUACUUCGUUACAAGUAUUUCCGUAAGGGAGGCAGCAGACAUUCUGGUCUGUCAUCUUGUCCGGCAGACUUUCGUUACGACGCUUUUAUAAUAUUCAACAAUAGAGACCAGAGCUGGGUGGAUGGAACCCUUCUUCCUAUCCUUGAGGUGGAACAUGGCUUGAAAUGCUGCGUCCAUUACAGAGAUUUUGAGCCUGGGAAACCUUUUGUGGAAAACAUGACUGACAGUGUCCAAACAAGCAGAAACACAAUAGCGGUGGUAUCCAAGAAUUUUUUCACGAGCAAGUUUUGCAAAUAUGAGUUAGAUCAAGCUAUUUACAAAAACGUUAAAGAGGGAUAUAACAGUGCGAUUGUCAUAAGAAUAGAUAAUGUAUCCAAAGACAAGCUCCCUAGCACUCUCAAAAAUAAGUCUUUCGUCGAUUAUUCCAAUUCAAUCGAAAGAAAGACUUGGCAUUUGAAGUUAAUUAAGGUUUUAAAAUCAAAUCAUAUGGAAAUAGAAGGCAGGGUGUAAGUUAAGAUUGAAGCUGAAGUAUGUUUUACAUCAGUCGUAAAACACUUGGCAAGCUCCGUAAUUAAUCGGAUUUAUAAACGCGCAGAACACUCACAGGUCAUUCUUAGUUAUUUUAUAAUUACUCGUAGAUGUUUAGCACAGAGGGCCACUGGUUUAUCAGUUCAUACUAUCAUGUGUCACCCUCUCAGUAAAGUUUACUAUUAUUAUUAUUAUUAUUAUUAUUAUUAUUAUUAUUAUUAUUGUUAUUACGCCCAGUAUGCCUUCCAAAUUAAACGUCGCUGGUGUUCUCAAAAAUCCCUCACGUUUUAAGAAGGCAUAAAACAAAGAGGAUAAUACAUGGGCGCACGUAGAAAUAUGAAGUAGAAGUAUGGAACAUCUCUACGAGUGUUCAACUCGACAUCUCACGAUUGAGCGCAGCGAACGAGUGAAAUAUAAAGUUGAACACGAGAAGAGAUAUUUCAUAUCUACAAGCAACCAUGUUUCAUUUGGUUUAUCAUAUAAACAAAUCGAUAACGUUUUGGACGAUUUUCCAAAGAUUUCCGAAGAUUUUCGAAGAUUCCCCAAAGUUAUCCGAAGGGCGCACGAAAGUUUCUGAAAAAUUUCCGAACAUUUUCGAAGAUUAUCGAGGACAACCGAAGAUUGCCGAAGACUUUCGAGAAAGAUCCGAAUAUGUUUCUAUCAUACACCAACAAAAGGACAGUUUAAGGAGUCAAACAUGAUAUCAGUGAAGUCAUCAAUAUUUUUACUACCGAGGAUAUGGAAAAUACGCCACCCGAGUCCCGGAUGUGGUUUCGUAUGAAUUUUACGAGUGGUGUAUUUUCCAGUAAAACGCUCGUGUUUAUAUGUUAAAUAGCUUUGCCCCUUUAAUGUAUUAAGUAUAAUGUAUAUAAUAUAACUCGGACAAUUCGCAGAAUGUUGUUUAGGAUCCUAUUUUGCUGACAACAAAAUGUUGCUCUGUGUAGCUCCCUAGACAAGUUAAAAAAAGGAGUUUAACAAUGUUUUUUCAUUUUCGAUAACGACGUUUUGGACGAUUUUCCAAAGAUUUCCGAAGAUUUCCGAAGAUUCCCCAAAAUUGUCCGAAGGCCACACGAAAGUUUCCGAAAAUGUUCCAAAAAAUUUUCCAAGAUUAUUGAAGACAACCGAAGAUUGCCGAAGACUUUCGAGAAAGAUCCGAAGAUGUCUCGAUCAUACACCGAAAAAAGGACAGUUUAAGGGCCAAUCAUGAUAUCAGUGAAGUCAUCAAUAUCUUCACUAGUGAAGAUAUGGAAAAUACGCCACCCGAGUCUCGUAUGAAUUUUACGAUUGGUGUAUUUUCCAGUUAAACACUCGUGUUUAUAUAAUAAGUAGCUUUGUCCUCUUAAUGUGUUAAGUAUAAUGUAUGUAAUAUAACUCGGACAAUUCGCAGAAUGUUGUUUAGGAUCCUAUUUUGCUGACAACAAAAUGUUGCUUUGUGCAGCUCCUGAGACAAAAAAGGAGUUUUACAAUGUUUUCUUCAUUUUCGCUUAGUUGUUAGACUUACCUUAGCAAAGGACUAUACUCAAUAGCUUGUAACUGAACAACUUUCUCAAGUUUGGUCAUCGAAUCAGGGACAAGAACAACAACAAGCUUUAUUACCAGA